AUGUGUCGUGCCUAUGGUGAUCAAUUUGAAACAUUAGUAAAAGAUAAGCGUGAUAUAGCAACCUAUUUAAAAAAACAAUUGGAAUUAAGAAAUGAACAAGUAUUUGAUUUAAAUGAUCGUCUUAUUGGUUUGCAACAAACAAAAGAUCAUGAAAAAGAAUAUUGUGAACGACAACUAACAGAAAUGGAACAGCGAUACAAUACAGAAAUAGAACGACUUGAAAAUGGAAAUAUGAUGUACAAAACACGUCUUGCGGCAUUAGAAGAAUUUAAACAGCAACGAAGCAUAAUGGAAGAUCGCAUUAAAGAACUGGAAGAAUUAAUAUCAGCGAAAGAAGAAGCAUAUAAAGUCUCACUGCACAGUAUGGAAAUAGCAUUAAUUGUCUUCAAAGACAGAUUAAAAAAAGAAGCAAUUCAGUAUCUGAAUGAUUUAGCCAUGCAAUUUCGUCUUAGUACAAAAAGUCAAAUAUCGGAUACAAUUAAACGUGCUGUACGCGAAAAUGUUUAUCUUAACGCACAACUAGAAAAACUAUCAUCUCAGUUAGAAAAAAGUAUCGAAAGUAGUGGAAAACACCGAGAAGAAAAAGACGAAUUAAUUCGAACUGUACAAGUACUGGAAGAAGUUGAAGCCAAAUCAGCUAAAAAAUAUGUCGCUUCGGAACAUAUAAUAAAAAUACUUUGUAAUAAACUACAACAGUGUGAAGAAGAAUUGAAAGAAUUCCAUCAACAAGGCAAAUAUGACAGAGAACAAAAGGAUACUAGAAAACCAAAUUGUACGAUGAUGGGACGAAGUAAAACAUGUGAAGAAAGUGAAACAAAAACCUUAAGCUUAACAUCAACGCAAGUAGAAUCUUCCGAACUAAUAUUUCACAAAAUAAUUAACGAAACAGUUUUAGUCACAAACAGUGAAUAUGGCUUAGAUGUGAAUCGAGAUGAAACAGAUGAACAUUUUCAAAAUCUUAAAGAACAAAAUCAUUUGUUGAAAACUGUUAUUGAUAAUGCAGCUAAAGCCAUUGCAUCUGUCAUACAAUCAUCUAGUGAAAAAUAUGACACAUGUAAAAUUUCAAUUCGAGAUAAUUUGUUAGAACAUCUCUUAUCAAUUUUGAUCACAGCACAUCGUCUCGGUGAACCACGUUUGACAUUUCAAGCAUCGACAUCAAUAACCGUCACAAAAGAAGAACAAGAAGGAAAAAAAUAUAAUAAAGGAUUGUUUCCAGCCACACGAUUUGGACUUACUAAAAUAUUACGUGAUCAAGAUAAACCAUUAGUAAAAGGGCAUUAUUGUCGGGGAGAUUUGGGUAUUGUACCACGUGAUCAAAAUUUAGUGAUGACAAAUGUAGAAAAAAUGAAGCGAUACCGAAUUAUUAAACAACCACAAGAACAAAAAUUGAUGUCUGGAAUGAUCGAGAAAAGACCCGAGACUAAUCCGUAUAUUAAUAGUACGUUGGCAAAAUAUUUUACUCCAAAAUCAUCCGAUAAAAUACCAUUACAUUUACGAUUAGCGGAAAACAUUCUUGGACCACGGGUAACUACUGAAACAAUAACUGAUCAAAUUAAAUUGCCGACAAUCGAUUCAAUUGUACCAUCAAAACGAAAAAGUGAAUUACUUAAAGUUAUAAAACGACGAUAUUCAUUUUUAGGUGGGAAAACGUCGUGUUCUUUUCAAAAACCACCAGUACGUUUAAAUACGAUAUUACAUAUGUCUUAG